UGCGCGCGGGCGUGCAGCACACUCAGAUCCUGCUCGAGAACAGAAGACAGGGUUUCAGUAAGUCUCUUAGACACAUUAAUUAAACAGAUAUUUUACACUGCUGUUUAUUUUUGCGAGGUUAUGGGUGAGGCAUCGUUGUGAGCGAGUGAGCUGGUUUUAUUCACGAAAAUAAUGAUGAAGAAGGAUAUUAACUUGAGCCUGGUGGUGGAGGCAGACCUUAAACCGCAUCUCCGCGACGCCGAAAGCAUCCUCAAUUCCCCGGAUCUUGGGCUUCUCAAGCUGGCCUCCCCGGAGCUGGAGAGACUCAUCAUCCAGUCCAAUGGGAUGGUCACCACCACACCGACCAGCUCCCACUUCCUCUACCCGAAGACGGUGACGGACGAGCAGGAGUUCGCCGAGGGCUUCGUGAAGGCACUGGAGGAUUUACACAAGCAGAACCAGCUGAACGGAGCCGGGCAGACCAACCUGGACCUCGGUGCUAACCUCACCCCGGUCACCGUCCAGCCGGAUCUACCUGUGUACACCAAUUUGAACAGUUACGGUAGUGGCCCACUGGAAACCACUGUCAACUACUCCACGGACACGGUCCCCUUUCCACCCCCUCCAGUGCACCAUUUGGGGGCAGCCCCGCUGGAGCUGUCUCGGGUCCAGCCGCUGAAGGAGGAGCCUCAGACGGUCCCAGAUGUUCAGAGCUUCGGAGAGAGCCCGCCGCUGUCUCCCAUCGACAUUGACUCACAGGAUGACAUGAAAGCCGAGAGAAAGAGGCUCAGGAACCGGAUUGCAGCCUCCAAGUGUCGGAUGCGCAAACUGGAGCGGAUCUCCAGGCUGGAGGACAAGGUCAAAUCGCUGAAAAGCCACAACACCGACCUGGCCUCCACCGCCAGCCUGCUGAGGGACCAGGUGGCCCAGCUGAAACAGAAAGUCCUUACCCAUGUCAACAGCGGCUGCCAGCUGCUGCCACACGAGGUGCAGGUCCACUAGAGACUGCUGUGGGUCUAUGACCUGCAAUUUGUAAAUAUUGCCUUUUACUGUAGGCUAUACGUAGCGUAGCCCAGAUGUGUGUUCGCAGUGGAAUGAAUGCCAGACCACCUUUGCCAAAUUGUAUAAACUGUAACUAAUCGGGUGUUUAACAAUUACAGCAUCGACAAACAUUUAACAAAUAUCCUGUAGAACACAAUUCAAGAUGAAGGGCGAUAAGACUUUCCGUUUUGGCCGAACGAUUAAUUAUAUACAUUUGUUUCGUGAACAGAUUCCCAGGAUUCACAAUGCUCCACAUGACGAAUGCCUAUCUUUAGAUUUGUAAAUAUAUGAUCGCUAAUUGGUUUAUUAGAUUCAAGCCGAAAUGAAGAGCGUUUGCAUUCUUAUAUGGUCGGUGUACAAAAUGCUGUACCUAUACAUACUGGUGCACAAGGCAGCGUUGAACUGCAGUGUUUUUUCCAAGGAAAUUAGGCCCUGGCCUUUCCUGAUGAGAGAAAGAGGCUCUUAUUGGGGCUAUUUUACUUUAAAGACUGAAUAUGAUUUAUUCUCCUUUUUUUUUACAGAACUGUUGUGUCUAAAAACAGUCUUAAACAUGGACCAAACAUGUUUACAAUAUGUAUACAGUGAUACUAAUAUAAUAUUUAUUACACAGCUAUCAUUAAUAUAUGGGGAGGAACAUGUAUUUACCAUUUAUUUCACUUGGGAACAAUUUGCAUGAUGUUUACAGUAUGUUUACAUACUCAAAUGUUUCCAACAGCUGGUGUCAAAUGGUUUGAUUAAUCAGUGUUUAUAAUUCUUACUCCUUUUAAAAAACAUGUAUUCAUCCUUUUUUAAUUUUUUUUUUUACUGUGUCCCUUUUUCAUUGUGUUCUUGUUUUAAAUGUGAUGACUGAAGAGUCAUAACCUUUUGUUGCGCUGACUUGCUGUAGCCUUCAGCUGUUUGGCUGUAUGCCACCUGUGUUUCAAAAUAAAUGCUGCUCAACAAUAA